AUGGGUUAAACAAAAACACUUUUUGUAGGUUUUGUUAUCUUAAUUCUUUCUGUGAGCGUAUUAGCAUCGUUAGAAAAAUAACAAAAAAAUAGCAAUCAAAAACUAAAAUCCAAUAGUCUUAGAUUAGCUCAAAAAUAGGGACCUUUAUUUAGCUUCUAAGCAAAUGAAAAAGUGAGAGUUGAUGUUGUCAAAAAAAUAAAAAGAGACAUGCUUUUCUUUGUGGAAGGUUUUGCUUUUAUAAGCAAAAACUUAAUUCUUGAGAGCACAGGACUUGAAAAUUAAACUGAAAUCCAUUUGAUUGAUUUAGAUGAUAUGUCUAUAAAAAAUUCUUAUACUUUUGAUCCAGAAAUUUUUGGAGAAGGUUCAGCUAUGAUUAAAGAUAGUCAAACUGGUAAAAAUGUUGUUUUUAUGAUGACUUACAAAAACAAUAUAGUCUACAAAAUGGAUGAAAACUUGACUGAAAUUCUUUAAGAGUAUCCUUUACCUCCAGAAAUGAGGGAAGGAUGGGGCAUGCACAAACUAUCAGAAGAUACUAUAAUAGCAACUGAUGGAACUAAUAGACUUUUCCAUAUAAAUCCUGAAAACUUUACAGUCAAAUAAAUAGUAAAAGUAACAGAUUCCUAAGGGUAUUCUCAGGAUAAUUUGAAUGAAUUAGAAAUUAUUGAUGGUAAGGUAUAUUGUAAUAUUUUCAUGUCUAAAAAAAUAGUUGUAUUCGAUCCUUAUACAGGUAAGAUUGAAUCUACGUUAAAUUUCUCUCCUUUGGUGUAGUUUUUAGAAAGUGAAGAUGGAUACAGAUAAUAUGUUGGUUAUAACAAUGUUCUUAAUGGUAUUGCAUAUAACCCAGAAACUAAGUAAACUCUUAUAACAGGAAAAAAUUGGCCUUACAUUUAUGAGGUUAAACUUGUCUAAAUUAACAGCUGA